AUGUUCAUGCUCCAUUGGGCACUGGCAUCGCCCGUCCCUGAAAUCUUCUCGCCGGAAGCCGACACCCUCUCUUUUACAGAACUAGCGCAGAAGGCUUUCUUGCGGAUCCUGGAACUUGGCUUCAUUCGAGGCAUUCUGGUUUCCCUCCUCAUCCUUUGCGCUCUUGUAUGUCUCCUCAUCGGCACACUUCGGGUACUGGCAGCCUAUCUCCACCAUCAUGACACCAAAUUGUGGGAGACAUAUGAAGAGGUUCAUGCCUGCGCCGAUGGUGAGAAAGAAGUUCAAGACGAAGCAGACUGCCGACGAGCCAGUGUGAUCGACGAGUGCCAGCCAUACAACCUUCAAUGUCAGAAGCAAAGCCGCAAUUCGAGGUAUAUCAUGGCCAAUCCUUCAACGCCAAUCACGAAGAUCAACGUCCAUGCCUUCCCAAGGCGAGCUGCAGUCGUCAUGUCACCUUACUCGCCCUCAGAGACGAGGUUCUUGAACCCCAUCCGGUCCACUUCGACACCACUCCGAUCUGCCUUGACCAAAUCUCCACCGUCUUCGAAACGCCUCCCGAGUGCCCGAUCCUACCUUUUUGGUCCAAGAAGCACAAGCACAAGCACGUGCUUAACGCCGAGUCCGAAAUCCGUCCGAUGGGCGGAUCAGAUUCAUGUCUCUAUCACUUCCACUCUCGAGAUGAGCGUUCGACGACGCCUUGAGGAAGAGCUGCAAGCAGGGACUGAGCCUGAAAUCGACCUUGCAACAAGGACGAUUGCAAGUCGAAACCGGCUCCGAUCUGAUGUCUUGGACAUUCUGUCUCAUCCAAUCCACCACGCCGAACCACUUCCAGCCCAUGAUGCAUCUUCGGCAACACCUGCUAUCGCAAUCGGCGAUGGACCAAGCGAUUCCAGAGGGGAAUCAUGCAUGCAGCUGGAGGGCGAUACGAGCUGA